AUGUUCGCCGAUUCGGAUAAAAUAAUUGAGACGAUAUUAAUUCCUACCUCUUUACAAUAUACACAAGAAAUAUAUAUGAGCAAAUCACUUAAUCCUAUCUCCAAGCAACUUCAAGAUUUAAUUUCUACCGGCAUUUUAUCAUUGAAUAUAGAUUCCAUUCCGAAAUCUGAUGAAGAUUUGCCAGAUAAUGAUGGGAUUUCUCCCAUUUAA